UACGAAUCGCCCUCGUCGGCUUCCUUCCCGCUGCCCUCUCGGUGCGGAAGUGUCGUCUUCGAGCAGCAACAGCAGCAGCAGCAGAGCCAGGGCUGCCACUGUUUGGAUAAACACUACGCUAGUUCAGUAGCAGGUUUUCUUGCAUCCGCGUCUGUCCUUCCAGGACUUCUCAGCCCUCAUCUUGACCGUGCAGCAUAGCAGUAUUAUGCGAGCAACUUCCGGUGUGUGGGAGCACCGUGUGAAGUGAGUUUCCUUGAAUCAUCUAUAUGGGCCAUCUUCUCUCGAAAAAUGGUUACCGUCUGAAGAAGAGGACACGCAAGUUGCAUCCAAGGAAGAAGAAGAAGAGGAACUGUUUCCUGCAGCUGCCUUGCAUUCUCUGCUUCAUUGUCCACAGCAACAGCACCGGUCUUGACGACGACAGUGACCAUUUUGAGGCCGGCAUCAACGGCGCUGGGUGCCGUCACAACAGCAUCACUGGAAUCACUGUUCCUGGUGUGGGUGGAGUUGGCAUCGGAGCAGCAGCUGCAUCCAAGCUCGCCGAGCGAUACGCAACACUUGCAUCUCCUGAGGACUGCUCCAAGUUCCUGUUGUCACCACGGGAGUUGGCUAUCUGGGAGGGCCAAGGAAGGGGCCUUUUAUCGGCUGUUCCUGCAAAACUGAUUCCGCCGCCAGUGCUGUUCCGAACCGCUGGGGUGUCUGUGACCGUGCCCAUACCUGUACCUGUACCUGUACCCGUGCCUGGCUGCACCAGCGACUACACUGAGAUGGUGUGUAAGAGAAAGUGUUCAGAGGUGCAGCGGUGCACCCCCUGUAAGCAGCCCCGCUGCACCUUCGCUGCCCCCGAGGGAGGACUAGAGAAUGGAGGAGUGGGAGGAGGUGGGGGAGAGGCGGCCUCGAACUCUGAAACUGGACACUGCCACCUUCCCCUCUGUCCACUUCCCUCCUCCUCUGCUUCUUCUUCUUCGUCUGCCUCCUCCUCCUCUUCCUCCUCUCCUGCUGAUGGCUGCUGUAGUUUGGGUCUUCAUACGGAUUUGCCCCACAGUUCGGACUCAUCCCCCUGCUGCCUGCAUCAUUAUGACGACUGCCAGACGAGAAGUUCUGACACUGCUGAUCACUUAAGUAUCAACCACCUGCCUUCCUCCAUACUUCUUAAGGUGCUCUCUCAUUUGACAGUCAAGGAACGCUGUCUGUGUGCCUCUCUGGUCUGUAAGUACUGGAGGGACCUUUGCUUGGACUUCCAGUUCUGGAAGCAAAUUGACCUCAGUGGCCUUCAACAAGUGAACGAUGAUCUCCUGGUGAAAAUAGCCUCUCGGAGGCAGAAUGUGACAGAGAUUAAUAUCUCAGAUUGCAGAGGGGUCCAUGACCACGGCGUGUCCUCCCUGGCCUCACAUUGUCCAGGCCUGCAGAAGUACACAGCGUACCGCUGCAAGCAGCUUGGUGACAUGUCCCUGUCGGCCUUGGCUACACACUGCCCUCUGCUGGUGAAGGUGCAUGUGGGCAACCAGGACAAACUGACGGAUGAAGCACUGAAGAAAUUGGGAGAGCACUGCAGUGAGCUGAAGGACAUCCACUUGGGUCAAUGCUACAGUAUCACAGAUGAAGGCAUGGUGGCCUUGGCUAGAGGAUGCCGUAAACUGCAGAGACUCUACUUGCAAGAAAACAAACUGGUCACCGAUCGGUCCGUGCGAGCGGUUGCAGAGCAUUGUCCCGAGCUGCAGUUUGUUGGCUUCAUGGGAUGCCCGGUGACCUCUCAGGGAGUCAUCCAUCUUACUGCGCUACGAAACCUGAAUGUCCUGGACCUGCGGCACAUCUCAGAGCUCAACAAUGAGACAGUGAUGGAGGUGGUGAGGAAAUGUCGCAACCUCAGCUCCCUCAACCUCUGCCUCAACUGGAGCAUCAAUGACAGAUGUGUGGAAAUCAUCGCCAAGGAGGGGAGAAGUCUGAAGGAGCUCUAUCUUGUGUCUUGUAAAAUCACAGACCACGCGCUGAUAGCCAUAGGCCAGUACAGCAGCACCAUAGAGACUGUGGAUGCCGGCUGGUGUAAGGACAUCACAGACCAGGGAGCCACACAGAUCGCUCAGAGCAGCAAGUCCCUCCGCUACCUGGGCCUCAUGAGAUGUGACAAGGUGAACGAGGAGACGGUGGAGAGGCUGGUGGUCCAGUACCCUCACAUUGUUUUCAGCACGGUGAUGCAAGACUGCAAGAGAACCCUGGAGAGAGCUUAUCAAAUGGGCUGGAGCCCCAACACAUCAAACACUUCGUAGCUACUGCUGGAUCAUACAGACACACACACAUGAACAGACAAACAUAGCUACACAGCGGCCCUUUUAUGUACAGUCACAAAUGCACAUUAUUUACAGCUCAGUUAUUUUUGCUUGUCAUCCACUUUUCAAACAUGUAUGUGAACAUGUAGCCACUCAGUCACAGGCAAAGGUCCAGUCCAUCAGCUGUUUCGUUUGAAGCAAAUCUCCCACUUUAAUAAUUUGAGUAAAGUUGGUAUUUUUUUCUUAUUAUAACUAAGUGAGAAACCUGCUGUACCACUCAUACAUUAAAUCAGUAAAUCAGAUUACAUGCAAAAACACGUUCUGCUUUCUAGGACCAGAACCUUGAGUUACCAGUUUGUUGGUGCACAGCAAAGCACCAAAAGUGCUUGAUAUCUACUUUAAGUAAGUGUUACUCAGUUGAUAGAGUGUUAAGCCUCUUAUAUCUUAAGUCCUCUGCGUCACCUGAGAUGGAGUGGUCAUGAAGAUCCAGCCUAUCCAGUCUUGAACAUGUGAAAAGGAUCCAAAAUACUGCAUGUUUAAACCAAAAGAGACAUUCAGCGGUGGUCAUACCACAAUUGUUUGCAAUCGGAAUAAUUGAUUAAAAAGGGUUUGUAGAACCAAGGUUUCCUGAGCAAUGCCCAAGUCAGGCCUCUGCAGUAUUUACAUCUUUCAAACUGAACUCAACUUCUGAGGUGCGAUUGCUCAAGAGUUGGCGAUCAGGAGACAACAUGCCACAGCUUCAGUCUGGAAGACAACUGAACUGCCAGGUCUUCAGAGCUCACUUGAAGCUUUUAGAGAAAUCUGUAAUGUUUAUUUUGCCCAAAUUUUUAUGUUCAGUGUGGCGUUCAAGGCAUUUGUGGACUCAUAGGUGCUGAAACUGUUGACAAAGCUCCAUUUGAAGGACAGAGCUCUUUGCUGUGACUUAACAUGCACACCGUCAUGGUACAGAAGAAAGAUUCAGGCCAGAAUGAGUGAAACCCCCGACAAAAUUCAUGGCAGGAAAAACAGUGUUGAUUACUUCCCAAAAAAACUGCAUGUUUACAUUAAGAUCUUCAUCUUGUGUUUUUCAGCUACAGUUGAUCUGACAUUGAAAUUAGCCUUUUUGUGACAUGGGGUCAAUGCUGCUUUUAAUGCCAUGCGCAUUUAGGUUUGACCGAGCAUCAUUUUGAAGCAGCAAAGAAUGAAAUCAAUCCGUGUUUGAAACAGAAGUUGCCUUUACCUAAAGACCCUGGGUCACGAUAUCAAAAUACAUUAACCACGACCACCGUGAUGACAGGUAAGAGGAAACGGUGCCUUAAGUGGUUCAUAGGCAGUUGCCCUCCAUUAGCAACCUGGAAUUGACCCAUAAUUUACUAAAGAAAUGUUUAUCUCCUCUGAGUUUAUGUUAUACCAUAUUUCCAUUAUUUGAUCCGAUAUUGUAUACGUAUAAAUAAAUACUGUGUGAGAUUUACUUAGCCUAAUAUUGGUUUUGAGCAUAAACUUGUAACAUUAUCUAUGUAGCAGUCCAGUGAGGGAUUUAUCUUUCUUAGUGGUGUAGGAUGUAAAGAAAAAAACUGGCUUGGGCCUAUAACCAAGGGCAGUAGAAGGCGGUAGGUAGGAGUUGAUCAUUUUUCAUCUGUUCUAAAGAAACUGAGUAGUGUACAGUUAAAAAUGCAAAUAACCAGGGUAUUUUUCUAUGGUGUGAACCAACUCUGGGCUCAGCCUCCACACUCUGUCACUCAGAUAUGAACAAUAGUUUGCUGAGCUUAGGGUUUUAGUAGAACUGUAAACUUUCUACAGCAUAUAGAGAUUUCAGACAAUUAAAAACAUGUUCAUUCUACCCUUGUCAGGAUUUGUAGACUUAAUCUAAUCGAUGGAGAGUUUCUCCCUCGGCCUGUUUUUGUUCUGUUUCUGUUCUUUUGUAAUUCCCAUAUGCACUUUCUUCUCUGCUAGAUGUUGACACACUUGAUUCCUGAUUUGUUAAGGCAACCGUAAAUGACUGGAUUUACAUAAAGAUGAAUAAAACACUACUAUUUCAAG